AUAUACACAUUAAAUAAGUAUUAAGUAAGAUAGAAUAGGCUGGAUCCUCGUUUCCAUCGAUCAUUUCUUCCCUUUGUCUCAGUUUUCCUAAAGUCCCGAAAACCCCUUCUUCUAUCCCCAUUUCUUCCUUUGCGACUGAGUGCCUUUCAUACAUAUAGAUGGCUUCCACAAUAUUCUCUCUAGCUUCUGCCACUCCAUCAGCUUCAUUUUCCUUGCAAGAUAAUCUCAAGUCAAAGCUGAAGCUUGGGACUUCUGCCUUUUUCGGGAAGGACUUUGUGAAGGCAAAGUCAAAUGGUCGGACUACUAUGACUGUUGCUGUUAACGUCUCUCGAUUUGAGGGAAUAACAAUGGCUCCUCCUGACCCCAUUCUUGGAGUCUCUGAAGCAUUCAAGGCUGAUACAAACGAACUGAAACUUAACCUUGGAGUUGGGGCUUACCGCACGGAGGAUCUUCAACCAUAUGUCCUCAACGUUGUUAAGAAAGCGGAGAACCUUAUGCUGGAGAGAGGAGACAACAAAGAGUAUCUUCCGAUAGAAGGUUUGGCUGCAUUCAACAAAGUCACAGCAGAGUUGUUGUUUGGGGCAGAUAACCCGGUGAUUCAGCAACAAAGGGUGGCUACUAUCCAAGGUCUAUCAGGAACUGGGUCGUUGCGUAUUGCUGCAGCACUGAUAGAGCGUUACUUCCCUGGCUCUAAGGUUUUGAUAUCAUCUCCAACAUGGGGAAAUCAUAAAAACAUUUUCAAUGAUGCUAGGGUGCCUUGGUCUGAAUAUCGUUAUUAUGAUCCCAAAACGGUUGGACUUGAUUUUGCUGGGAUGAUAGAAGAUAUAAAGGCUGCCCCAGAAGGAUCAUUUAUCUUGCUCCACGGCUGUGCACACAACCCAACUGGUAUUGAUCCCACACCUGAACAGUGGGAAAAGCUUGCUGAUGUAAUUCAGGAGAAGAACCACAUUCCAUUUUUUGAUGUUGCCUACCAGGGAUUUGCAAGUGGCAGCCUUGACGAAGAUGCCUCAUCUGUGAGAUUGUUUGCUGCACGUGGUAUGGAGCUUUUGGUUGCUCAAUCAUAUAGUAAAAAUCUGGGUCUCUAUGGAGAAAGGAUUGGAGCUAUUAAUGUUCUUUGCUCAUCUGCUGAUGCCGCGACAAGGGUGAAAAGCCAGCAAAAAAGGCUUGCUCGACCCAUGUACUCCAACCCCCCCAUUCACGGUGCUAAAAUUGUUGCCAAUGUCGUUGGAACUCCUGAGCUCUUCAGUGAAUGGAAACAAGAGAUGGAAAUGAUGGCAGGAAGGAUAAAGAGCGUGAGACAGAAGCUAUAUGAUAGCAUCUCCGCCAAGGAUAAGAGUGGAAAGGACUGGUCAUUCAUUCUGAAGCAGAUUGGAAUGUUCUCCUUCACAGGCCUCAACAAAGCUCAGAGCGAGAACAUGAGCAAUAAAUGGCAUGUGUACAUGACAAAAGAUGGAAGGAUAUCUUUGGCUGGAUUAUCGGCUGCUAAAUGUGAAUAUCUUGCAGAUUCCAUCAUUGACUCAUACUACAAUGUGAGCUAAAAAUCUUGGAUUGUGAGAGUAGUUUUGAUAGUAAUAUCUGCAGGAAUUUCAAUGUGUACAUCAUUCUUCCUGUUGAGCACGUGAUCCUCUUAAAUAUUGUAAUAAUAGUUUCAGGCUUUCAGCUUGUCUGCGGUUUGCAGAUUUAUAUCUGUAUGAACCAUGAAGCAAAUUUUGACAAUUUCUAAACAGUGGAUUCUGAAAUAAUUAAGGGAAAUGUUUUUCCAGAGCAA